CUUUUGGUCACGUGGUCGGGGACAUCUUAAGAUGAGUAGCACUGGGGACGAGAAUGCAUUUACCCAACAAGGCUUUCGGGCGUAUUUGUACAUUUUGAAGCACGUGGAUAAUUUUGUUGCACGGGUAGAGAAACGAGACGUUCUUUCUUCGAUUAUUGGUAGGUUCUAGGUUUUCAUAAUUUUUGUCAUUUAAGCUCUGUUAACAGAUGAGGGAAUUUGUGAAUCCUUCAUGAAUUCUUUCCUUCCCGCGAGUUCAACACGGUUGCGUACAGUCUUCGGAUACUCACAAGGAUUCACACACACAGCGGAUACUGGACUUUAUGAACCGCCUUUAACGGUUAUCCAACAAAGCUACGUUCUGUAAUCUUCUCUUACAGGCUUAGUUGACAUAAUAUUCUCGAUUCCUGUCUCUUGUUAACGAUGGGUUCGAGAUCAAAGUGCUACAAAUGUGGAAAACCAGGACAUUUUGCCAAAGAAUGUACUUCUACGGAUAGUAGUGGUGGGGCCAGCUUUGGAGACAGAAGUUGUUAUUUGUGUGGGGGAACUGGGCACAUUUCCAAAAACUGCCCCAAAAAGAAAGAUUCUGAAUGCUUUACUUGUGGGCAAAAGGGUCACCUCCAAAGAGAUUGUCCAAGUGGUGAUUCAGGUAGGGAGUGCUACACCUGUAGGCAAAAAGGCCACCUCUCCAGAGAUUGCCCAGAGGCUGAUAGUAGAGGAGAUGACUACAAGUCUGAGAGUGCCUGCUACAAGUGUGGAAAGGAGGGCCACUUUGCACGUGACUGUGGUGUAAAAUGCUAUCGCUGUGGCAAAACUGGCCAUUUUGCUAGAGAUUGUGAACAAGACAACACAAUCUGCUACAAGUGUAACAAAGCUGGUCACUUUGCCCGUGACUGUACUCUUGAAAGUCAGACCUGUUACAACUGUGGAAAGCCUGGCCACUUAAAGCGUGACUGCACAGAGAAGAACGGCAAUUAUGACUGGGUUACGUGUUACAGAUGUAAUGAGGUUGGACAUUAUGCACGGGACUGUCCCGAUGAUGAUGAUGAGUGAGGUCAUGAAAGCUACAGUUACUACUGAACGUAUUCCAUAUUGACAUUUGAUUCCAAAGAAUCUCUUAUAACUGUGUCUGUGGGGUUUUGUUAAGAUUAUUUUAAGUGAUGUUUAUUGUAGUAUAAACAUCUGCCUUUAUGUGAUAAUCAUAAAGGGCUCUUCAAGACAAUUUGCCAAAGUUGAUGUAGCACUUUACUGAUUUGCUACAGUUUAACAUAGGCCUGAUAUAUUGUUUGCCAGUAAUAGAGAGAACAAUAGUAGUAUAGCCUGAGUGCUGCUUGUUUUAAACUUCUGAGUAGAGUUUCAGAUAAUUUUGCAGAGGAUAAUGUCUUGUUAUGGUACUGUUUGACUCACCAGGUAGACAUUUUUUUGUUAUUUCAGUGCAUAGUUAAUCAUCUAGCAUUCGCAUUUUGCAUUAGAUGUACUAGUACUUUCUUUUGACAGUUGAUUUGGUGUCGACAUUUUACCUGACAAGUACAUUGGUUAGAAUGAUGUCCAGUGAAGGCUAAGUCUUUUUUUUUUUUUGGAGGAGAGGUUAUUACCUUUUGACCUUUAAAUCCUAAU